ACCAAAUAAAACCAGAGCUAUCUUCCAUUUUGUGUGUGAGGGAAAAAAGAACUACCCUUUUUCUUCUACCCAUCAAAUAGGCAGCACCAGCAUGAUCAGAAAACGUUACCACAUUCCCUUUCUUUUUCUCUUCACUGUUUCCAGGCUCCUUCUUCUGCACCCUAUGUCUGAUGAAGAUAACAGCACAAAGUUGGUUUACAAGGACUGUGCAGAACAGAAACUGCAUGACCCAUCAGGGAUUUUCUCACAGAACCUCAAAGCCCUCUUGGCUUCUCUAGUGGAGCUAUCUGGACAAAAGGCCUUCUCCACCACAACCUCCGGUUCCGGCGAGAAUGUGAUCAUGGGCAUGUUCCAAUGCAGAGGAGACCUCUCGAACCCUGCAUGCUGCAGCUGUGUCAGCAAGAUUUCUGAUAUGCUGGAGCGUGGAGAGCUCUGUAGCAAUCUGGCUGCGGCUGCGCGGGUUCAGCUUAGCGAGUGCUACCUGAGAUACGAGGUGGUGGGGUUCGAGCAGGUACCAGAGACUCUACUGCUUUACAAGGUUUGCGGGCCAAAGCAGGUGAAUGGUAUUGAUGGCUUUGAGAAGAGAAGGGAUUUGGUGUUUGGGAUGGUGGAAAGUGGAGUGAGAAAUGGUGGGAAAUUGUUCUACACAGUGAACUCAUCACAGUCUUUCUACGUGUUGGGCCAAUGUGAGGGUGAUUUGGCCAACAAUGACUGUGUGGAUUGUGUGAAGAGUGCUGAGGAUCAGGCAAAAAUUGAGUGCGGGGACUCAACAUCUGCAGAAAUUUAUCUGCACAAGUGCUACAUCAGCUACACCUUUUACCCCAACAAUGGAGUGUGUUGCUUGUCACCUUCUCUUCCAGGUACAACAUUAGAGAAAAUAUCUUCUUUACCAUGUUUUGAUCUAAUUUAAAAAAGCCUGUGUUUUGUGUUUGAUUGGAUCACAGGGUCAGAAGGGGCACAAGACCAGCAGAAAACCAUAGCUAUAGU